AUGGUUGCCCUUGUAACAUCGGUCCGCCUCCUCUUCAUGGCCUCCUUGGCCUCAAUAUUUGCGAGUCCAUGGGCCUAUUCGGCAUCAUUGCCUGUAGCGCGUGCACAAGAUCCGAGUACAGAUCCAUUUUAUCAGCCACCUGCAGGCUUUGAGUCCACGGCACCCGGGACAAUCUUGCGUGAACGCAGCAUUGCCGCCUCAUUUUUCGGCCUAAUUCCAGACCCUGUGGAAGCGCAUCAACUGCUGUAUCGGACAACAGCUAUCAAUGGGUCUGCAAUCGCCACUGUGACUACGAUUUUCAAGCCAUUGUUCGCGAAAACAGAUCGCUUUAUUUCGUUUCACACGGCAUACGAUAGCUCGGCAACGAUCUGCAAUCCCAGUUACAAUUACCAGCUUGGCGCUGUACAGACUGAUCUCAUAUCGUCUGCUGAGAUGCUUAUCAUGGAAGCCUAUCUGCUCUUAGGCUAUAUUGUCGCGUCUCCAGAUUACGAAGGGCCGGAUGCAGCUUUCUCUCCCGGUCACCUAGAGGGCAUGGGCGUCCUCGAUGGUAUGCGCGCCGUGACCAACUUCAAUAAAACUCUGGGUCUCAGUGCCGAUCCUAUGAUUAUUGGAACUGGUUACUCAGGCGGUGCCAUUGCUACAGGCUGGGCAGCUUCCCUGCAACCAUCGUACGCUCCUGACCUAGAUAUCAAGGGGUGGGUUCAUGGUGGCACACCAGCGAAUCUUACGGCCACCAUGCUUUUUAUUGACGAUACGGCCUUCAGCGGCUUCUUGCCCGCUGCUGUUGCUGGGCUCGCCAAACCUAGUGCAUAUGGCGCUGAACUCAGCUCUCUUAUCAAUAGCAUCCUGACUCCCUUGGGCAAAUCCAAGUACGAGUUCGCCCAGUCAAACUGCGCUGUCCCUGAUUUGUUGAACUUUCCUGAGAUGUCGCUGUUAUCGACCUCAAUCCAGACUUUGGGGGCUGGUCUUCUCCAACAGCCCACAGUUGCCUCGAUCCUGAACCAGAACAUCAUGGGUUUGCAUAAAAGUCAAACGCCAACGGCGCCAGUGUUCAUUUAUCAUGCCACUCAAGACGAGAUCAUUCCCUACGCCGCUGCUUCAACCCUCGUGGACUCGUGGUGUAGCUACGGUGCUAGUGUUAAUUUCACUACAUAUGGCAACGGAGGUCAUGCUACGACCGAAAUCGUUGCCCUACCGGAUGCCAUUCAGUUUGUGGAAGCAGCUUUUGCUGGGGAAACAACCAGCGGCUGCCAUCGCAACACCGAGCUUGACAAUACGCUGAACCCAAUUGCCCUCGGUGUGGAACUUGAACCUAUUCUUGUCAAGCUCAUUAACGCGCUCGCCAUUGCCGGAAAGAAUGACGAAAACAUCAUCCAGAAUCUGAAUGUUCUCAAGAAUAGUAUUUGA